GUGAUCAAACUAGAUGUGAAACUGUUUGCUGCAACAAGCAACCCUCAACCACCAGAGCAACACGGCGCCUCGGUCAGUGAUCAGUAUCUGUUUGAGAAAGUCCAACAUGAAGUGGAUUAUUCUUUAUCUCCUAACACUCUGCUUCCCUACGACCAGAGCUAACUGUAACCCUAACCAUAUUAUCGAGGAUUGCAUAAACCAAAAUCCUGUAACGUGGCAAAGGUGCUAUGACAAUAAUAUUACGACGUGCAAACCAAUUGGUCGUUCCCAUGGGUUUGUUAAUGUCGACAAGAUCUCAUCAGAACAGGCUGAAGUGAGCCCCACAUCCAAUCACGAGGUUCGAAUCCCAUCAUCAGCUCUUCAGAGAAUUAGAACACAGUCAGAGGAAACCGUCCAGGUGGUUUCCUCGGUGAUCAACAGCAGAUUCUUUCAGCAAACUCCUCGGACAAGAGGAAGAAUCAUAAUUCCCCAGCCGACUGUCAGAGUCGAGGAAACUGUUUUAGGAGGGCUGGUUCUGUUUGUGAAAGUUGGAAGCCAGCCAGUCAGCGAUCUUAUCGAGCCAGUCCAGUUAAUCUUUUACCACCAGGAGAAGGAGAAAAAUGGAACAUGUGUGUUUUGGAACGAGGAUGAAACAGUGUGGAGCACUGAUGGCUGCAAUACCACUAAAACUGAAGAUAAAUUUAUCUGCAGCUGCAACCAUCUGAGCUUUUUUGCUGUGCUUGUGAAUCCAGACGUGAAGGUGGAUGAGGAUCAUGCUGAGGCUCUCAGCUACAUCACCUACGUUGGAUCAGCGCUCUCUGCCUUCUUUGCUUUCAUCAGCAUGUUCAUCUUUGUUGGUCUGCAUCGACGACGUUCAGAGAAGGCCCUCAACAUCCACAUGCAGCUAACGGGGGCGUUGUUGUGCCUCCACCUCGGCUUCCUGAGCAGCAGUUUCUGGACUUUUCUGCUAGAUGAGAACAAGUACAACUGGGUUUGUGGAGGUCUGGGUCUCUUCCUGCACUGGUCUUUGCUGGCCACAAUCACCUGGUUGGCCCUGGAAGGAUUCCACCUUUACCUUCUCCUCAUCCGAGUCUUUAACAUCUACGUCAGAAGAUACYUGCUCAAACUCUGCCUGGUGGGAUGGGGCUUUCCUACCCUUGUUGCRGUAAUUUGUGGGCCUUUAGGUGUCUAUGGCAGAUACACUCUGGAAAUGAGGGAUUCCAACAACCAAACAUCAGAAAUAUGCUGGAUGAACAGUGGCUUCCCUCAGACAAAGUUGGUCAYGUACAUCACUGYGGCUUUUCUUUGCCUGGUGGUGCUGUAUAAUUCCUGCAUGCUGUUGUUGGUGGUGUUUAAAAUGCGGGAGUUACGACGUGGCAGAGGAGACCGUGAGUCCAGUGACUGGAAGAAGAUGAGCAAGGAGAAUGAGUCCAGGUUAUGGAAGGACGGUGCCACAGUUCUCGGCCUCAGYUGUGUACUGGGGUUGCCAUGGGGACUAGCCAGCCUCACCUAUGUUACCUUAGCUGGAAUCUACUUGUUCACCAUCUUUAACUCUCUSCAAGGUCUAUUUAUGUUCCUGUGGUCAGUGGCUUUAUCAUGCAAGUCUCGAUCAGAAAACAACUCUUCAGUCCGAGAUCCUUCCACCCAGAAAAUGAUGACAACCAGCUUCAAUAACUGAAUCACUGAUUGUUGCUGUAUAAACAGCACCUAUAUUAGGUGUUGGCUGUCUAUUGGAUCUCUUUUGUAUUCUUUAUAAUUUUACAAACAAUGAGUCUUUUUGCUAAUGUUAGACUUUUCUAUAAGAUGUCUUUAAAAAGAUAGUGCUCCACAAAUGUUAUGUUCUUUGCAUGUAUUUAUUGUUCAGAUUUUAUGUCUAUUAAAUAUAUCAGGAAAUACAAAAAUAUGUCAAUGUCUAUGUUCAUCCAAAGUUUUUCACUUUACCUGAAAAGCCCAGUCAAACUGUUAGGACAGCUGUGGUUUGGCUUCUGUGUUGCUGUUUGUUCAGUUCAUACAACCAUCCACCAGAGGGAGCCAGGAGAUUUCUGCUUAACAGGGAACCUGCUAAGCUAAUUACAUGCACCUGCAAAUUCUCAGCUACAUCAACCAGAGCUGAUAAGGAGCCGAUUGCCAAUAAUCUGAUGCCUGAGUCUUAGCUUUACAUUGUACUCUGGGCCUCCCAGUUAUUGGUCUUUUUAUGUUCCCUGAACUAGUGAUGGGCAAAUGAAGAUUCAUGAAGCAAUGAAGCUUUCAACCCUUUGCUUUGCAAAAAGGUUCAUUACUCGAUGCUUCAUUCAUCACUCACUAAUGACAUCUGCUGGUGAAACUAACAGCCUUGUCACUCAGUUGAAUCAUGCUUCCAAACAUUAGUAAAUGCAUUAUUGUCACAAAGUUUUUAUCAAACUUAUGUUUAGUAACAAGAUCAUCAAUUAAAUCAGAUUUAAUUGUCAUGUUUUAAUUAUUAAAAUGAUUUGUAGCCGGUCUAGGUCCUGGCUGAACGUCA